AUGGUUGCUUUGAGAAAUCGAAGAAUAGGAGGAUCUGCUGGAAAAGCGACCGACGAAGAUGACGAGUGUUUUGAGAUCAUAACCUCUGAUCAGAAGCACUGGGAAUUUUGUGUGGCAGCCGAAGAGCGCGAUGCUUGGGUAGCUGCUAUCGAGGAGCAAAUAGAGAAGGCGCUUCAAAAUCAAAUGAGUAAGCCUAGCACGAGAGCGAAAGGUGGCAAAGAGGAGGUUCUUGCUUUGCGUCGAUUACCUGGCAAUGACCGCUGUGCUGAUUGUGGCCAGACAGCACCAGAUUGGGCAAGCCUCAAUCUUGGUAUUCUGAUUUGUAUCGAAUGUUCUGGUACGCAUCGUAACCUUGGAUCGCAUAUCUCGAGUUCGACUAAGCAUCACCCAAAAACAUUGGACAUUUUUAGAGUACGUUCCCUGGACCUGGAUUCGUGGCCAGUGGAGUUUUUUGCAAUCAUGCAGGCAAUAGGAAAUGAUGCUGCGAAUCGGUUGUGGGAGUAUCAUGCUCCAGCAGAUCGACGGCCUCAGCCGGACAGUCCACUGUGA